CACGCGACCACAAAACUCACUUCGACCCUUCCGUGGACCCCAUAACGACUGGCACGGCCACAUACACUCUACACAAUACACAUUCAUGAUAUCGAACUGCUUCAUGUGAAUAAGGGGCUGUCAGGCUCUUAUUCAUAAGCUGUCGCGCUCCCAUGGCGCCAAUGGUUCGCCCUCCACCAACACACUUUCAACCGUCAGGCUCGUCGGCUUCGAAGCCUACUCCGACCAAGACGUUAUUGCGAAAAUCAACACUCGCUGGAAAACGGAAACUCGACGAUGCUGGUCUUGAUUUAGACGGUGACGACAUGUCUGCCUCUAUGAACCCUGCGAAACGCUCCAGGACAGUGACCUUCAACCCACUUGUGCAAGAACAACUUUUUACCUCGUCGCCCGAGGCACCAACCGACUUAUACGAUGUUAGAAGGCUUGUGAAGAAAGCGCUAGAUGAACAUAAUAGAACCGGAGGAGAUGAUUCGCGAUACGAUGGAGUCAAGGAAGUUUUUUCAACGAAGAACAGGCCGCAGGGAAAAGCCGAGAAUGAUCUUAUGAGGGCGCAUCUGUUGGCUUUGACCAACUGUGUCUCGCUGCUGGGAAAGAACUCGUCAGGACUCGUCCGGGCUGUCUUGGAGUCGGAGUGGGUCGGUAGAGAUGAGCCGUACGUCAGGGCGUAUGUGAACUUCCUGAGCAACCUAGCCAGCGCACAGGGUGCUUAUGUCGGAACCGUUCUAUCUAUGCUGGUUGGGAAAUUCUCUACGUUGCGCAUCUCAAAUGGAAGGUUGGCCGACUGCCCCAUCGUCCACCGCACCCAGCUGUCAGCACGCGUCCACACUGCCCUCAAAUAUUUAUUGCGCCUGAUCCCUUCAGCAUCUGGGACACUCGCACCUAUUCUGGCGGCAAAAUUCCCUUUCUCUGAUGAGUCGAAGAAAGCUCACAUGGCGUACAUCAACAACUUAAUAAAGAUCAUCGAUUACGCACCGGAGUUAAAGUCAGACAUUUUUGCGCUAAUCACGGAAAGGCUUGUCAAGAUUGACGUCCAAAUGCAAGUUGACCUGGAUGAUAUGGAUGACGAUGUGGCUGCAGCAGUUGUCCAGUCAGUGUCGAUUCGUUCGGACUUAACCGGUGAGGAUGAUUCCGAGGCCGACGACAGCGACUCGGAUUCUGAUGCGAGCGACGACUCCCUGGACGACAAGGAAAACCGCGUCAAGACGAUGCAUGAGAACGUUGAGAAAAUGGAUGCCAUUCUGGAUACCCUCUUCGAACUCUAUACCCCGCACUUUGAGGAUCCACUUAGCUCCAGCGCAAUAUCUACGUUUGAUACUUUACUGUCUCACUUUCGUAACAUCAUUUUACCGACAUACCGUUCACGACAUACCCAAUUCCUCUUGUUCCACUUCGCUCAGACUUCGGAGCACCUUAUCGACACCUUUGCAGGAGAAUGUGUUGACCUCGCUUUCAAGUCUGGCCGCCCGGCUGUAUUGAAGCAAUCCGCUGCUGCAUACCUCGCAUCAUUCGUUUCUCGUGGCGCCAAUGUACUCCCACAUGUUGUGCGUGAUGUUUUCGACUAUAUCGGCACUAAUCUUGAUCUCAUCCGAUCCGAGAACGAACUUUCGUGUCGGGGACCGGACCUUCAACGUUACAGCACAUUUUAUGCGACUACCCAGGCCCUUCUGUACAUAUUUUGUUUCCGCUGGCGUGACCUUGUUGUCUCUCCAUCUGCCGAAGAGGGUGAGAUUGACGAAGAGGACUUUGUCGGCAGGGACCUGGAAUGGCGCGCUGGAGUAAAAGAACUCCUGGACCGCACAAUCUAUUCUAAGCUCAACCCGCUGAAAAUUUGUGCCCCAUCAAUCGUGGAAGAGUUUGCGAAGAUUGCACACCACCUGCGCUUCAUGUAUGUCUAUCCGCUUCUGGCAACAAACAAGCGGAUCAGGCUCUCGCAGUUUGCAUUGGGUGCAGGGAACGCAUCUUCUGGCCUAUUGAGAGACAGCGGAUUUUCAACCGGAGUAGCCACAGAGGAUGGCGAAGAAGAGAGCUGGCACCAGCUCGAGGCAUAUUUCCCAUUUGAUCCUUAUCAGCUACCAAAGAGUCGGAGAUGGGUCGAGAAUGAUUACGUGGCUUGGAGAGGUGUACCUGGUCUGCGUCAAGAUGAAGAAGAAGAUGAUGAUGAUAGCACGGAUUCCGGGGAAGAUGAUAGUGGGGAUGACGACGACGAUGUAGAGGUCGACACAGCAACGGAUGACGAGGAGAACUAAACUUAUUCUCGUGGACAGCUGGCGCCAAAUAAUACGAAUUGACGCCAAUCUGCUUUUACUGCAUAGCGUAUAGGAAUGGGAAACACGGAAAAAGUGUGGCGUUUUGAAGCGAAGGCGAAUGUGCUGGUGGAGUUCGAGUUAUACCUUGACGAAUACUUGCAGAACUGGGUAUAUCUAUGAGAUAAUGAUAAGAGACUCAGA